UUUAGGUGGAAUCUCUUUUCUUGUAAUUUGAAUCAAUUGUUCCAUAUCCUAGUCUCUGUAACAGCAGAGACUAGGACACAGAGCAAUGGAUUUAAACUACAGGGAAUGAGCUUCCACCAUUUGGGGCCCUUUAAAGAAAUAUCAAGUACAAUUGGCUACAAUAUUAUUCCCAGGGCCACAUUCCCUGCUAUUCUUGAAUAAAGAUGUUUCUAGGAUUCUUCAUAUUGUGAUAGGGUGAAGAGUACUGAAACAGAGAGAAGGAGACAUUCUUAGAAUUUGCUGUCAAAUCUAUUUUUAAGUUGUUCAACAUUUGUUUACAUAUCUGAAUCUUACCCAAACAAAGCUAAACAAGAAAAAUAAAUUUGACAGUAAUAGUAAUAAUAACAGUUAUUUUUAACAUACAGAAUCUAAUGCAUUUCUUCUAAAAAGUAAGAAACAUUGGGCAUUUCAAAACAGUAUAUACUUAGCUAUAUUCCAUUAGAAAUUAAACAACAUUUUAAAAACUUAUUUUAAAUAUAAACGAAAUAUCCACUGGGCUGAGAACACAGAAAAACUAUAUAGCAGAAAGUUAUUGUAUUGUGUCAGUAGGUUCAAAUUUAUUGUACAAUUUGCUUCUGAUAAACAGAACAUUCCACAGAAGGAUGUGGGUUAUGGAGGGCUGGAUAAAGUGGGAUUCUUUGUCCUGAAAUGGGUGGUGAAUGUGUAGCUCUUCAGAGGUUGUUGAACUCCCACACCCAUCUUUGUUCAGUAUUGGCACUAUUGGCUAGGACUCACAGAGUGUAUGGUACAGCAUGUGGAGGAAGACACAUUGCCCACUCUGUUUCAAAAAUCUUUACUAUUACAUUAUUAUCCUACUUCCAGAAUUUUUCUGCUAAAUUACUUUCUCACCAUAUAGGACAUAAAUUUCCUUUCUGUCUUUCUGCUCUCAGUGAAUCCAUGCAUAAAACUUGAGCAAGUUUUCUCACUCUUAUUUCUAGCCAGCUCUGACACGUGCCUAGUUCUCCAUGAAGAUGCAGUGGGGUUGAACACUUCAUCCUGGAGAUCAUUGAUGACCUUCCCAAUAUGGAGAUGGUAAUCAAUGUGCGAGACUACCCCCAGGUGCCUAAAUUCAUGAAACCGAGGGUUCCCGUCUUCUCCUUCAGUAAGACGUCAGAAUACUAUGACAUUAUGUAUCCUGCCUGGACAUUUUGGGAAGGGGGACCAGCUGUUUGGCCCAUUUACCCAACUGGCCUGGGACGAUGGGACCUAUUGAGACAGGAUCUCAAAAGCUCUGCUGAAAAAUGGCCUUGGAAGAAGAAGAUUUCCAAAGCCUUCUUUCGAGGAUCCAGGACAAGUUCAGAGCGGGAUCCCCUCAUCCUCCUCUCUAGAGAAAAUCCAGAACUAGUUGAUGCAGAGUACACUAAAAAUCAAGCCUGGAAGUCUGAAAAAGACACCCUUGGGAAACCACCUGCUAAGGAAAUUUCACUGAUAGACCAUUGUAAAUACAAAUACCUUUUCAACUUCCGGGGUGUAGCAGCCAGUUUCCGCUUCAAGCAUCUCUUCCUGUGUGGCUCACUGGUCUUUCAUGUUGGAGAAGAGUGGCAGGAAUUCUUCUACCCCCAGCUAAAACCUUGGGUUCACUACAUCCCAGUCAAAUCAGAUCUUUCUGAUGUGAGGGAAUUAUUGGAAUUUGUGAGAGAAAAUGAUGACGUAGCCCAAGAAAUUAUGAAGCGGGGUCGCCAGUUUAUCAUGGACCACUUGCGAAUGGAGGAUAUCUCUUGUUACUGGCAGAAACUUCUGACUGAUUACUCCAAAGCUCUGACUUACAAAGUUAAAUGGAAGAAGCACUACAGUGAGAUUUUUCCUAAACACUCAAAAACAGAACUGUAAAAACCAGGCUUUCGUUUACAAUUCAAGACCAGGACUUGAGGACAUGGAAAAAUACAAGGAACACUAUGUUGUUCAUUGGAGAGUCAGUAUUUCAUGUUGCCAAUCUAUAACAUGGAAAUAGGGAGGGUAUUGCCAUUACCUUUAUGGUGUUGAGCUACUUUAUCAGCUCCAGAAUGUCUUUCCUUCCCCCCCCCCCCCCUUAAAAAAAUCAUGGUUGGUUAAAAGAAAAAAGAUCCAAAUGAAUUCAAGUCAGUGGGGAUUUAAGUUCUACAUAAUUCUGUUAUUAUUUUUCUUCCAGUGUCAUUUUGAAAGGGGAACUUGUGCUGCUAGUUAUUCAACUGACUCAUCAUUUACUAGCAAAUUAAUCGCACUGAGUGGGCUAUAUUAGUUAAAGGGUGGGUGAAUCAUUUCCUUCAUUGUUGAGAUGCAACAUUUAAUCUUUAAAUCUCUUAGGACACUAGUUCAUAACAAAUACACCAUAUCAGAAAGACUGAGAAGUAAUGUGAAGUCACACUACUAAGGGUGGGGGGAAAGUAGAAAAUAGGAAAGAUACAGAGUUUGGUAAAGAACAUUUUAACUACAGUGGCCAGACUCCUCCACCUAGCGUACCUAGUGGAGUCUGGCAGUUGUCCAAUGAAAUUUACCAAACUCUGGAAAUGAAUUGAUAAAUGGUUCUGUUUGAGAGUAUAGAGAAUUUCAGCUACAUUGGACAAGGGUUAUAUCCUGUCCAGUGUUUUAAAAAAGACUUGUUGGAUAUUUAUGGAAAACUUUUAGGAAGGCCACAAAAGCAGCAAGUGCUUCCCCACUGUGAAGUCGAAGGCUUAUAUGGCUUCUCUACUAUCUGUUCUAGCUCCAUAGUUCAGGUGUACCAACUGAAAUCAGCCUGUAGGGAACAAACCAUGGGUUUGAAUGCCUCUUUCUUCCUUCACAUGUACUGCUUUUUUAAUUCAUGAUUUAUUCAAAUCAUAUUUUGGGGAGAGACUGUAGGCCAGUGGCAGAACCAGCAUGUUGUACUGGUUUGAGCAUUGGACUAUGACUCUGGAGAUGAGGGUUUGAAUCCUCACUUGGCCAUGAAACCCACUGGGUGACCUUGGGUGGUUCACAGUUUCUCAGCCUCAGAGGAAGGCAGAAGCGAGCCACCUCUGCAUAUUUUUUUUACCAAGAACACUCCAUGAUAGAUUCACCUUAGUGUCACUCUGUAACUUGUGUGCAGUGCUACCUGACUGACUGGCCACAUCUCUUGAGUAAAGUUUCAGGUUAUUUCAAAGAACAGUAUCUCCACUGAAGAGCAGCUUUAUUUGCCUCAGGAACAGCCUAGACCAUAAGAGCCAGCAUGGUUUAGUUGUUUGAGCAUUGGAAAAUGACUUUGUAGAUCAGGGUUCAAAUCACCACUCAGCCAUGGAAACCCACUGGGUGACCUUGGGCAAGUUACUCUAUCUCGGCCUCAGUACAAGGCAAAAGCAACUCACCUCUGAACAAAUCUUGCCAAGAAAACCUUGGGAUAGAUUCUCCUUAGGGUCACCAUAGGUCAGACAUGACUUGAAAGCUCACAACAAAACAACUGCUUCAGGCUGGACACAAUGCAACCUAUAACUUACCGUACUAAUAAUACUGUAAUUGAGUCCUUUCUCAAAUCUCUCUUUACCAGCCAAUUUUCAUAUUCUUGCAACAGAAUAUAUCCAAAUAACAAUAGUCUUCAGAAUGAACUGGCUUUUCUGAUAGCAUAGAUGAGAGAACUAACCUGAACUUCCUCAAACCUCGUGUGGAUUUCUGUAGCUCUGUGGAAACUAAUCUUCCUGUCUAGCUGCUGCUGUUCUUGCUGCUGCUGUUGUUGCCUUCAAGUUGUUUUCAACCUAUGGCGACUCUAAGGUCAUGGGGUUUUCUAUCAUGGGGUAUUCUUGGCAAAUUUCAUUCAAGGGUUUUUUGUGGGUU